GGCGAGGGCAGGGCCUCUUGGGGGGGUGGGGAGGGGUGGCCGGGGGCCACGGGCCAGGAUUGGAGGGGCCGGGACCCGGAGCGUAAGAAGAUCCCGAGGGGCCUGAGAGCCUGGCUUGGAGCUAGGGGAGGGGCAGGGACCAGGUAUCAAGAACGAUAUUAGUUCUUUAGUAUGUGCUGGCUGAAGCCUGCCUUUUCUGAUGCCCCUGGGGAGAAGACAGACAUCAACCUUUAACCAGCAGAAGAUACCCCUGCUCUGGAAUAGGAGAUGGGAUAAUGCCUCACUACCAUCAACUCACUGGACUCAAAAUUUAAGAUGCCUGUGAAACUCAUAAUAUUGACAGACCUCUGGGAAAGACAUUGAAGCCAGAGGUUGGGGGAGGGGCUUGGAUACACCCCUUCCCCCAGGCUCCUCCCCUCUCCCCUCCCUGCCUGUCCAUUCCUAUUUGCCCUCUUCCCAGCACACUGUUUGCAUUCCUUUGCUCUCUGGACUUUGAACUAAGACCAAAGGAGAGGGAACUGCACUUUAUUUUGGUGGGUUUGGAUUUGGGGCUGUCAUCUAAGGCUUUGAAAUGGGAUUGAUGAUGCCCAGUGGAAAGAUGUGCCACUGAGAGAAGAGAAGAUUGUUUCAUCUAUGGUGUACCCUCAUGUGGCUUUGGAGUCCAAAGGCUGAGGUGCAAAUUUUGUGGCACAUGGGGCAUGGAACUCCAGUUGUUACGGGAGGUGAGGUUGUGACCUGGUGUCGGCGUUCACGGGCAGCGGCAAGAUGUCGACGUUGUUCAUCUUCAAAGGUGGUGGCGGCAUGGUUAAUGUGGGUAUGCCAGCUGCUUCUGUCAGAGGCAGUGAGUUCUAGUUGCUUUGGUGUAAUGCCAGCCCACUUCAAGUUGGACUUUAGCUGAUCCUUGAAUCUUUUCUUUGGUCGGCCUUGUUUCCUGAGUCCAGCUGACAUCACCAUAGAAUACCUGUCUUGGUAUUCGCAGUGGGUCCAUGCAGAUGACGUGUCCAGACCAUCGUAGCUGGGUUUUGAGGACCAUGACUUCGAUGCUGGUGGAUUUGGCUCUGUCGAGGACUUCCUGGUUGGUGAUUUGGUCCUGCCAUCGGAUCCUCAUGAUUGACCGGAGGGAGCGUUGGUGGAAUUGCUCCAACUGCUUCAUGUGCUUCCGGUACAGUGUCCAUGUCUCACAACUGUACAGGAGCAAGCUGAGGACCACUGCGUUAUACACUUUGAGCUUCGUCGCAGUGCUUACACUGCUGUGUUGGAGGACUUUGCAGUGCAGCUGCCCAAGUGCCUGGCUGGCCUUUUGGAUCCUGGCAUUAAUCUCGUGGUCUAGGGACCCUUUGUUGGCGAUGGUGCUGCCCAGGUACUUGAAAGUGUUAGAAAGCUGCGUGCCAUGGAUUGUAAUGCGAUCAGAGAUGCAUGGCCAUGUCUAAGGUCCAUGGCUACUAUCUGAUCCUCUGGACUAGCAAAAACAUCUUAUUGGACGGCGGACAGGGGACUGAGCAAAAGGAAUAAAAAGUGCUUCCUUUCUUCUCUCACAUCACCCCCAGUCCCUUCUGCAGCAACUUCUUCUAACCCCUCUUGUGAGGGGUCAGGAUGCUGAAGAAGCAGUCUGCAGGGCUGGUGCUUUGGGGUGCGAUUCUUUUUGUGGCCUGGAACGCCCUGCUCCUCUUCUUCUUCUGGGCCAGACCUUUGCCUGGUGGCCCAUCAUCUGAGGACCCGUUUGCCAAUGAUCCUGCUAGCCUUUCCCGACGAGUGAUCCGUCUGGCUCAGGAGGCUGAGAUAGAGCUGGAGCGACAACACGUGCUGCUACAACAGAUUCAGAAGCAUAGUGUACUGUGGAACCAGAGGCAGCAAGUAGCCACUGCAGGGCCUCCUGCUGUCUCCCACCCAACCGUAGCCCCUACAACAUUUGUCCUCCCCAUUUUAGUCAUUGCUUGUGAUCGAAGCACAGUCCGGCGUUGCUUAGAUAAGCUUCUCCACUACCGGCCCUCAGCUGAGCGUUUUCCCAUUAUCGUGAGCCAGGAUUGUGGGCACAAGGUGACAGCCCAGGUCAUUGCUUCAUAUGGCAAUGCCAUUAUGCACAUUAAACAACCUGACCUUAGCAGCAUACCUGUCCCAACAGAGCACCGAAAAUUCCAGGGUUAUUAUAAGAUUGCCCGACAUUACCGCUGGGCCUUGAACCAGGUCUUCCGAACCUUCAAAUAUCAGGCAGCUGUGGUGGUGGAGGAUGAUCUGGAAGUAGCUCCAGAUUUCUUUGAGUACUUUCAAGCAACAUAUCCACUCCUGAGGACUGAUCCAUCACUGUGGUGUGUCUCAGCCUGGAAUGACAAUGGCAAAGAGCAGAUGGUGGAUGCCAAAAGGCCUGAUCUUCUCUAUCGAACCGACUUUUUCCCAGGCCUUGGGUGGCUACUGUUGGCUGAGCUAUGGGAUGAGUUAGAGCCCAAGUGGCCAAAGGCCUUUUGGGAUGACUGGAUGCGGCAGCCAGAACAGCGCCGAGACCGAGCUUGCUUAAGACCAGAAAUCUCUCGGACGAUGACCUUUGGUCGCAAGGGGGUGAGCCAAGGGCAGUUCUUUGACCAGCACCUCAAGUUCAUCAAGUUGAACCAGGGUUUUGUGUUCUUCACUCAGCUGGACCUGUCCUAUCUGAAACAGGAAGCCUAUGAUCGGGACUUUUCUGCCCGAGUCUAUGCUGCCCCCCAAGUGCAAGUGGAGGAGCUAAAAAGCAACCAGAAACAGGAAUUAGGGGAGGUUCGGGUACAGUACAGGGGACGGGACAGCUUCAGAGCCUUUGCUAAGGCCCUAGGUGUUAUGGAUGAUCUCAAGUCAGGUGUCCCCCGAGCCAGCUAUCGGGGUAUUGUCAGUUUUCUGUUCCGAGGCCGUCGGGUAUACUUGGCACCUCCACAAGACUGGACUGGUUAUGACCCUAGUUGGAGUUAGCAGUGGCACCCACUCUCCAGUCCCCUGUGUGGAGAGAUGGAGAGUUAUCCAUAGCUGCAUUGUCUUUUUUGUGUGUUUUCUUAUCAGUUCCAUUUUUAUUUUUAUUUUUCCAAGUGGCAUUCGAGUGCAUUUUCUCUUCCUGGGGCAGGAGUGUAGGACACCUGGUUUAUUAUCCUCUCAGAAAUCUGAAAGCUUUCUUGGGGCUCUGGGCAGGAGUUUUAUAAGAAAGAAACAAAGUCAGCCCUCUUUCCUCCAGAGGCUGGGACAUCUAGUCUUCUGUUCCAUUAGAUAGUUUUGGAUUCCUCAUGGAGAAUCUUAAGUUAUGAUUUUCAGAGGUUUUUCUCCCAUUGGGACUUCUUCAUCAUGUACUGACUUGAUUUUUAACCCUUCGGUACUGUCCUUUCUAGUUAGGGUGCACUUCCCUUCUCUGGGUCUCAGAUUUCCUCAUUUAUAAAGUCUAUAAAGUGAAGAGGUUGGACUAGGUGAUUUCACAGUCCUUCUAGCUCUAAAUCUAUGAUAGUAAAUUCCUACCCCUGUUCCUCCCACUUGCUCUUAUCUCUUCUAAGGGCUUGGAUUAGGGACAUGUAUGUAUUUCUGGCCAAACAAAGAAUACACCCAAGGCAGACCAGGGAAUGAAUUAUUAAAUUUUAGGUCUUUGACCUUUUACUCUGUCUCAUUUUCUUUGUUUCUCCUAUGUGUAUGGUGUGCAUCAUAUCUUAUUUGUGUUAUCUUUUCUAUGUAUUUUUUGUUUUUCUUCCUGUUUCUCUUUUUCUAUCUAUUGGCUCAUUUUCUUCUUUCCUCUGAAGUUUAGUUAUUCCCAAAUAUGGGAAGAGAUGUUGAAAGAGGAAAAGCAAACUCUUCCCCCAGUUCUCCACUCUCAGGACUAUGGGGAGAUUUUGGGAUGGGCUUGAGGUGGUGAAGAGUCCUCAGUUGAUGUUGAGGAAAUUCUUCCUUCUGCAAGGUUGCAGUCUCCAGCCUCACUCCUUGAAUGUCAUUUUUCCUAGUUUCUUUAGGAGAGGGUAUAGCUUACAAUGGAUGAUGGAAGAAUGGAAGUGUCUAGUCCUCUGUGCCUCUUCCAUUUUCCCCUGGGUCCAGUUCUAUUGAUUCUGUGGGUUGCUUCCUUUCUGAGUGUGACUCUUCUGUUUUCCUUUUCCCCAGUGGUGGAAUCCUGAGGAGCAAGCAUGGUUAAUGCUAUUUAGUGGCCCCUCUUCCCAACUUGUGAAACUUGUAUUCCCAACACAGAUAGGUUAAGGUGUGCCCUCCUUCACUUCCAGUCCCUUUACUUCUGGGGAAAUAAGGGUAGUGAUGGUGGUUGAAUGAGGAAUUUGGUCAUUUAUAUAUUUUUUUCCUGCCUGACCUCAACUUCAUGGAAAAAAAAUUGAAGUUGCCUAAUUAUUUUCCAGAAUAAAAUAAAGAUUGUCAUUUGAAAA